AUGGUGGCUAGGGAGGCAACCAAUAUCCCUCUUGAUAACCUCCACCUCAUUGGCUACAGUCUGGGUGCUCAUGUGGCAGGAUUCGCUGGGAGUCAUGCCUAUAAUAAAGUGGGCAGAAUAACUGGUCUCGACCCAGCCGGGCCAGACUUUGAGGGAGAGCAUGCUCACCACCGCCUGUCCCCAGAUGAUGCUCACUUUGUGGACGUUCUUCACACCUUCACACGGGGCUCUCUGGGAUUCAGCAUCGGCAUCCAGCAGCCUGUGGGUCAUAUGGACAUAUACCCCAAUGGAGGCAGUUUCCAGCCAGGCUGCAAUCUGCAAAGCACCCUGGAGACUAUUUCAAAAUAUGGUCUCUUUGCCAUCACUGACAUUCCCAGAUGUUCCCAUGAGCGUUCCAUUCACCUGUUCAUCGACUCCCUGGUCAACGAGCAGGAGGCCAGCAUGGCAUAUCGCUGCGGGAGCAACGAUAUGUUCGACCGCGGAAUGUGCCUCAGCUGCCGCAAGAACCACUGUAACACCGUGGGCUACAACAUCAGAAAGAUUUGCAUGACACGCAGCAUCAAGAUGUACACCAAGACCAAAGAUUCCAUGCCGUUCAGAGUCUAUCAUUACCAGCUGAAGAUCCACUUCUCCAGCAAGGUGGACAGGUCUGAGAUGGAGCCUUCACUGACAGUCUCUCUGAUUGGAACCAAAGGAGAAGUUGAAGACCUCAAGCUGACACUAAAGGAGAAGAUAACGACCAAUAAGACCCAUUCCUUCCUGUUGGUAGCGGAGAAAGACAUAGGUGACCUCCUGAUGGUAAAGUUCAAGUGGCAGGAGUCUACUAACUGGUCAGCCUCGUCCAUGCUCAAAAUGGUGUCAUCUUGGUGGUCAGGUGACUCUGCGGAUUCUGGUGGAGGUUCACAAAAUACGCAUCAGAGUCGGGGAGACACAGAAAAAGAUGUUGUUCUGCAUUAAAGGUCCUCAUGCCCUCAGUUUACAACAGGAAGUGACAUUUGUAAAAUGCUAAAUUAAUGGGAAAAAAACAUUUAAAAGGUGAUACAUAAAAAAAAAAAAAAUUAACAGCUUUAUUGCCAGUCAGGGAUCCAUUGACAAAAAUCCUGUUUGUUUUACAGAGUUAACCUCAGGAACCGCUAAUAUUGAAUGUAUGGAGCAACAGACAAUUGCCCUCCUUCCACUGCCGAAGCACUUAGAAAAAUAAUUUAAGGAUUUUGUGUUUCAAACUAUACAAAUACAUUUACACCUUGUACCUUGUAUAUAGUGUACAGAAAUGUGUUAUUACAAAUGUGUGAAUAUUUGUAUUUAUUUAUUUUUUAAGCACUGCUUUUGUGCCACAUCAACUACGAUGUGGUGCUAAAGGAUAGUGAAUGCCAUCGUCUUUGCUGAUUUUCUGGCAACCCCAAAGAGAUGGUUCUUAUACAAAGUCGUUGGUGCCUCUGAAAGAGGCCUCGAGGUACCUGCAGUUAAAACCUCAUGUGUUACCUAUGUUAUGCUUAAACUGACAGAGCAUUCACCUUUGUCGUCAUCAAUACUAUGUGAUUGUAGGAUCGGACUCAGUGUGCCUUAAAAUAACUUAUUGUCAAUGAACUUGUCUUAACCUACUGCAUGUAUUUGUUGAUACUGUAUGUAUUGUUUCAUAAUUAGUUGUAUAUUUUACAUGGUCUUUGAGACAGUAAUAUUGUGAGGUCCGAAAUGCAAAUUAUUCCCGAUAACUUUGUGAUUACAGUCAAGCUCUUGAGCAAUAAUGCAUUGACUGCUGUUUAUAUACAAGCCUUUACACUAUAUAUCAGUGGGAUAACCGUUAUUACAAUGUUAUACAAUAUUAUACCUUUUAAAACAAAAAUAAAUAAUAAUUACAUUGAUUUAUACAGAACCCUUACCUCUGUUUCAUUGCAAGUGCUUACGUGAUGUAUUUAACUGACAUGUCCAUGGUUGCUGCCGAACAAUAACUCAAAUAAUGUUCAUUUAGCUGUGGAUGCCAUUUUAUAACUGUGAACAGGUAGCUUCUCUGAAAUAAGUCAAUGAGUGGUUCUUGUAAAGUGAGUCGACAUCAACAAUAGAAACAUGACAGCCUUCCUCAGUAGACUGCACAGUUUACUUUGCAUCAUAGUUUAAGUUGCAGGUAAUAAUUGGCAGGUAAUGAGGAUAUUAGAAACAAUGUUAUUGUGAUCAUAUCUAAAUGUCAGACUAUUUUCAACAGCACUGAGUAGGCUAAUUAUAACAAAUAUUUUGAGAUCGGUAUUGUAAAUCAUUGUGACUCAUUUAAUUUCUGCCUGUUCUAUUGAGCCUGUAUAAAGGGGAAGAUGAAACACUUUUGCACUGAAAACAGGGAGGAGGUUACUAAGGCGGUUACUUGCUAAGUGCACCAUGUGUAAAUACCAUGUUGGCAUAUACUUCUAUGGUACAGAAUAUUACUAUAGAUUUUUUUUUACCCUCUUUUACCUCUGAAAGUAUAUCUGCACUCUGUUUAUACCUGUAAAUACUGUAUGUGACUAUAUACAUAUUUGAAUAAAUUGGAACUGCUA